AUGGCUCCUGGACUCUUUCGCCGCAUGCAAGGUCUCCUCCUUGUCUCGCUGUCGCUCAACAUCUUGGUUGCAGCACGACCAUGCUACAACCAAAGUACAGCCAUCAACGGGACGGCGUUCCCUCCGUUGAUUGAAGCGACGACAGAGGACCUUGUUCGUGGUCUCGAGUCAGGUUUGUUCACAAGCGUCGAUCUGGUUGAGGCCUAUAUUUCGCGCAUCAUGGAGGUCAACUCAACGCUUCAUAUGGUCACUCAACUCAACCCAGACGCGCUCUCCAUUGCUGCUCAACUUGACUCGCAACGAGCAAGAGGGAAUGUUCUUGGUCCGCUCCAUGGCAUACCCAUCUUGAUCAAGAACAACAUUGCUACUGCUGAUGCCAUGGACAACACGGCGGGCUCCUACGCUCUCGCUGGUGCUAAAGUCCCGCGCGACAGCACCAUAGCGGCAAAGCUCAGGAAGGCCGGCGCGGUCAUAUUGGGGAAAACAAACCUGAGUCAAUGGGCGAAUUACCGAUCGUACAACACCAGUAAUGGAUGGUCGGCAAUUGCAGGCCAGACCGUCGGUGCUUACUUUCCCGGUCAAGAUCCCUCCGGGAGCAGCUCCGGUAGUGGCGUCUCAUCUUCUUUGGGACUGGCUCUCGCCGCCCUGGGCACCGAGACAGAUGGCAGCAUUUUGAGUCCAUCGGAUGUCAACAACCUGGUCGGCAUCAAGCCCACUGUCGGCCUUACCUCACGCGACCUUGUUAUUCCCAUCUCUGAGCACCAGGAUACCAUUGGGCCUAUGGCUCGCACAGUGAAAGACGCUGCGUACGUUCUCGCCGCCAUUGCUGGGAAAUCGCCUUACGACAAUUAUACUGAUGCAAUCCCAUUCGACACCAUUCCCGACUACGUCGCAGCCUGCAACUUCAGUGCUCUGUCCGGCAAGCGUAUCGGCGUGCCGCGCAACCUGAUUGAUCUCUCCUAUGACUCCAGCGCUGCACCUAUCGUCCCCGCCUUCAAUGCAGCUCUCGACGUGCUUCGCGCCGCGGGAGCCAUCAUCGUCGACAAUACCAACUUUACCGGAUACGACGCUCUCAACGAAGGCGACUACUCCAGCAUCGUCCUCGAAGCUGAUUUUGUGACCGACCUGCCAAAGUACCUUUCGCAGCUGUCGUACAACCCCAACAAGGUGUAUGAUUUGGAAGACGUCCGUAAUUUCACUCAUAUGUUUCCCCUCGAGGACUGGCCUGAGCGGGAUACGCUCAUCUGGGAUUCUGCGUUGGAGCUUGGAUAUGACAAUACCUCGCCGGAGUUCUGGUCCAACUAUACCAUGAAUAGAUAUCUUGCCGGUCCCUUGGGAGUCACUGGCGCGCUUGCAAAUUAUUCGUUGGAUGCAUUGGUGGUGCCGACAGAAUUCAGUCCCAACUUCCCUGCGUUGAUCGGCUCGCCAGUUAUUACAGUUCCGCUAGGUGCAUUCCCGGCUGAUACCGAGAUCACGCCCAAUGGAUUCGGAAAUCUGAACGCCACGGCGCCCAACUUACCUUUUGGCAUCAGUUUCAUGGGACCUCAUUUCAGCGAAGAACUUCUUGUUGGGCUGGCUUAUGCAUUCGAACAGCGGACACUGGUGCGGAACACUAUUACUCCAUACGUUCAGCCGACGGUCGAGCUGGUGGACGUGGUUACGGCGAGGUUAAAGCGAGCAAAGGCCUGA